AUCGAUGCAUUAACAAAAGCUCUACCCAGAAGUGGAGAAGCAAUGGCAUGUAUAUUUUAUGUAAACUGGACAUGGAGACUAAGAAGAAGUGCAAAUCGUCAGAGUGGAUGAAAAGCCAAAUGAAUAGUUCAUUUUCAGAUGACAUAGGUUGUACCACGGAUGCAACUGAUGAGGAACAAGAUGACUUACCAUACGAUGGAGAUGUAGGAGUAAACUGUAAAUACAAUAAUGAUUCCGGUAAUUUGAGUGACUGUACUUGUACAAGAGAGAUUUCUGGUAUUUUAAACUUAGUCUGUUCUGAAGAUAACAAAAACAUAAAAGCAGCAGGAAAUCACAAAACUCAUUCACAACCUGAAGAAUUCUCCAGUCACCACUGCAGAGGUGCUGCAGGAACAAUGGGAAUUUCACCUGAAAUACCUGGAAGUGAAGCUCCCUUUAAGAAGAAACUACCUACUAAUAGAUAUAGUAAACCAGAUAGCAAAGAACAUCUAACUCACUCAAAAAUGUCCAAUGUCCUCUUGCGUCAUUUUUCUAAGGGAGAGUUAACAAGCACAUACCAGUUAAUCGAAUGCGAGACAAUACCAGAGACAUCUCUUACGGAAAGUAUCAGUGACACUGUAAGCAAACCUGAGCCUUCAGAACAUGUCAAAGGCCUUUCGGCACAUGAACAGUGGGUAACUAACCCUGCAGAAUAUCACGUGGAAAAGCAUGAGGAAGUAAAUACUAGUGAUAAAAAUAAAAAUUUGUGCAAUGAGAAUAGACCUGUUUCAAAGAAACCUAUUUCUUCUACUGCUAAGUAUGGGUACAAGCAAGAAAAUAUACAAUUAAUUAAUGAAAACAAUACCACACACAUAUUUCAAAACACAAAAGAAGAGAGCACCCUGUUUAAGGGAACAGUUUCACCUCAUGAGCUCAAAUAUGAGCAAGGUCAAGCUCACUACUGCCUUCCUGACUUCCUCCAAGUUGCUUCAGAAGUUAAAGUACCAACAAGAAGUGACAACAUUAACUCAGUUCCAACAACAGAAACAGCAAAAUCCUUCCCUGUUUCACUAUGUGAAUCAGUAACUUUGAAAGUUAUAGAAAAUAACUAUUUCAAUUCUGCUCCAGUAGAGAAUAGUGAAGAAUCAGGCAUUCCAGAACGGCUGCAACAGCUGGAGAUGCUGACACAGCAUGCUGACACCCCGAAUCAUAUCGACCAUCUGAGAUUGAAUCCUAAGGUACUUACUCAGUCAGAUUGUCCAAAUACUAGCAUUUCUGUUUACUCAGGAGACACUGGAAUGCCCUCUGAAGUCUUUACAUUAAAUGCUCCGAUCCUUAUACAACCUACACAUGGUUUGUCUCAAGCAAGAUUACAGUAUGGAACUACAACAUCAGCAUUACCAGCAGUUGGGACAGUAGAAGCAUACUGUCCAAAUCCUUCUAAUUUACUGCCAGAACUAACACUAGGAGAAAAGAUGACUCGAAUACUAAAGGAUCAGACAGAUGAAGUGAUAAAGAAAGUGGAAGAAUUCUCUAAGCAUAUGACCCAGGAGACAUUACUUUUACAAGACAACUGUCUGGCAUUAAAUCAGUUGAAAAGAUACCUUGAUGCCUUGGAAAGGAAUUACUUAACAGCUAGAGAAGAGCACCAUAAUUUGCAGCUGCAGAACUACAAGGACAAGUCUAUCAACGUUGGAGAGUUUGAUCCUGAAAGAAAGUUGGAAGGGGAAAUAUUUAGACUUGGCAUGCUGCUUGAAGACAUCCAAGAACAAACUUAUGACAGCAAAUGCAACUUGUCUUCUUUGCUUACUUCCGAUGAAUCUACCCAUUCAUCAUAUUGCCUUUGUGAGAGCUCAGUAGUUUCAAGCACUGCUGAUCCUCCAGAAAGAAGAAGCAUUGAAAACUUAUUUCUUUCCAACAAUGAGGGAGAAAAAAGUCAGACAACUGAUGUAAUCCCAAAGACAAAUCAGUUUUCUUCAGAAGGUGAAAAGUGCAAUCUCUGCCUUCACACGUUACAAAAGAGAGGUGAAUCAGCUUCCAGAAGACAAAGAGAGCCUCUGAGAAAAGGUCUGCUAGCAAAUAAACAUUCUUCCAACAUAAUGAGACGCCUUUCACCUGAGCAGAAAUAUCCUGCUGAAGGUCUUGCAUGCCACAGUCAGGAUACAUCAAGACAAAAAUGUAAUGCUGAUAAAGAUUCAAGUAUAAAUGGAAACACAAACAUACAGGAAAAGAAAACUGGAAUUUGUUCACUCUUCAUGCAGAGAAAACCAACUGAUUUAUCAGACAGCAACCUGAGCAGCGAUUCAGAAGACAUCUCUGCCUACAAUUCCUAUAAUGAUUCACCAAACAAGGAACUUAUGAAUUGUGAAAAUAGAAGAUACAAAACACUCAGUAAAAGAUCACAUGGAGAGAGAAGAGAGUUUAGAUGCAGAUGCUCUACAGGAAGCAAAGAUCAGUUUCAACUCAGGAAUUACAGAGUCUGUUGAGUCUUGUGCCAAAUGUAGAAAUAAAUGUUGGGGUUCAUCUUAUAAGUAUAAUGUGUACUGAAAUAAUUGCCUAUCACAGGUUAAGAUUUCAAGAGGCAGAAGGCCACAUUGCAACUAGCAGGUCAAAUCUAAUUUAGUGUAAGCAACCAGAAGCAACAAUAGAUGUGUAUAGAUCUUGUAGAGCAGUAUCAGCAAAUCCAACUUUUACACACCUGGCCAAGUUUAGUCCUUAUACACACCCUACCUGAUUCUUCAUGAGAAGAGUCCCUUCCAUGUUUCAUUUAUGACAGGAAUAUCUCAUUUUGCAGUGCCAUAAAGAAGAAUUUUUAAAAUUGGGUAUUACUGUGCCAACUUUCAGUGCUAGCUGUUACCUGAAGUAAACAAGUACUAAAGAAGAUUUCAUCUCCACACUCAAAAUUGUGUGACAUACAAAGUCAAGAAAAGCCUUAUUUUAUAAAUAAUAUUUACAAUGUUGAACAUGUAGCUUUUAAUGUCUUUUACCUCAGACUCCUCUCUACAUUGUAGAAAAAUUGCAUACAGAAAAACACAAAUUUUCAGCAGUGGGAGGGAAGUACAAAUUAGUUACUUAUUUGUAUAAAUUCUGUAAAC